CUGGACGGGGCGGUGCCUGGGCGGGGCAGUGGAAGGUGUCGAGGCCUGGUGUCGCCCUUGUUGUGAUCCCUCCGUCCAGUGGCCGCGCCCGGCUGGAAGUCUGAGAAUAAGUUAGUUGUCAACUCCAUGCCGCAGAUGUCUGCGUGAAACAAGCCGAGAACAUCCCAAAAGAGUCUGGGAAUUGAACUGCUCCCACCACCAUGUCAGUCUGUGGGAUGUCCUGUGUCUCGCGGUAUUGCUCGGCCAAACCAUGGAGGUUGACGUCCCUGCGCCAUUUACCCCUGUCCGUGUGGGCAUCAUCGCGAUGGAAACACUCUGCCUCUCGACAGUACAAAGCCGUGAUAUUCGACAUGGGCGGAGUUCUGAUGGUUUCUCCAUACAGGAUUGCUGCUGAGUGGGAGCGGCAGAAUGGCCUCCAGGCUGGGUCAAUAUGGCGGACAAUAUUAAGUGGAGAGACUCGCAUUGCGUGGGAUCGCUGCUUGCUGGGGGAACUGACAUUUGAGGAGUUUGUAAAAUUAUGCGGCAAAGAUCCAGGGACGGCUAUUCAAACUACCAAUACAGUCCAAUCUUACUUAUUGAAAUUGACAAAUCACGUGAGUGAUGGGAUGUGUGUGGCAAUGAGAGAGGCAGUUCAGUGCAUCAAGGCAGAGGGACUGAAAGCUGCUAUACUGACCAAUAACUUUUGGUUCAAAGGCCAGAGUGUCUUGCCUUCAGAUAAAAACCUUUUUGAUGUGAUCGUCGAGUCGUGCCGGGAAGGAGUUUCCAAACCGAACCCUGAGAUUUACAAACUCUGUUUGGACCGAAUGAAGGUCUGCCCUGAAGAGUCCAUCUUCCUCGAUGAUCUUGGACAAAACCUGAAAGCAGCAGCCCAGCUUGGGAUCCACACCAUUAAGGUUGCAGAUAGAGCCACAGCUAUCCAGGAGCUGGAAUUAAAGCUGGGGUUUCCGUUGCGUGGCUUUGUGCAUGGAACUCGGGCCGUUCGUAAAGGCAUGGAAAUUCCGACAGACAGUCUAAAGAAUUAUCUCCAGACUACUCUGGGGCUAAGUUCAGAAGAUGCAGUGCUCCUCCGUCAGUUCAGUCACGGACAAUCUAAUCCUACGUACCACGUACAGAGUGGUGCCCACCAGCUGGUUCUGAGAAAGAAACCUCCCGGAAAACUACUGCCGUCGGCGCAUGCAGUGGAGAGAGAAUACAGGGUGAUGAAGGCUCUCGGAGCUGUGGGAAUUCCCGUUCCUACGCUACUCGACAUUUGCGAGGACCCCAGUGUUGUUGGGACUUCCUUUUACCUGAUGGAAUAUUGCCCGGGAAGGAUAUUUAAAGACCCAACAUUGCCCGGACUAACAGCCAACCAGCGGGGAGACAUCUACACCGCCAUGAACCAUGUCCUCUGCAAGAUUCACAAGGUUGAUAUCCAGGCUGCUGGACUGGAGGAUUAUGGGAAAAUUGGCAAUUACAUUGAGCGGCAGGUUCACACAUGGACAAAGCGGUAUCGAGCGAGUGAAACCCAUGUUAUUCCGGCAAUGGAACAACUGAUAAAGUGGCUUCCACUGCGCAUCCCAGAGCAGGAAAAGACCACAGUUGUGCACGGAGACUUCAGACUGGACAAUCUUAUUUUCCACCCUGACAAGCCUGAGGUGCUGGCAGUGUUGGACUGGGAGCUGUCUACACUGGGUGAUCCCAUCUGUGAUGUUGCCUAUAACUGCGUAGCACAUCAUCUCCCAGAGGACUUCCCCCUUAUCAGAGGAAUGAGUAAGUGUGAUUUAAAGGAAUUAGGAAUUCCGUCCGAUUUGGAAUACCUUGCCCUUUAUUGCAACAACUUGGGGGUGAAUCCCAUUGAGAACUGGAAUUUCUAUGUGGCUUUCUCCUUCUUCCGAAUCUCAGCGAUACUCCAGGGUGUCUAUAAGCGGUCACUUCAAGGGCAGGCAAGUUCAGAUAAAGGUGAAAUAGUUGGGAAGCUUGCUGCAAAAAUGGCUGACCUGGCAUGGGUGUUUGCAGUAAGAGAAGGGUUCCGAAUCUUCGAUUCAAUUCCUGUUGGAAAUCCAGGGCCUCCAGUGAGAAAGUACUCCACGUGGAACCGGCAGAGGACAUCGCCAGCAACAUUCUUGUCUCCUUCUUUGCUUGAUGUUAAUCACCACAGACCUUUGGUGUCAGUUCCUAAAGGACAUUUGAUCAUCUCACCUGAGGGACUACCUACGCGGGUGAAAGACUUGUACCACAGACUGACUGUCUUCAUGGAUAAACAUGUCUAUCCCCAUGAGAAGGAACUUGCUGACUAUCACAGAUCUGAUCGUCGAUGGAUCCCAAAUCCUAGAAUAGAGGAAUUGAAGAAUGAAGCCAAAGCAAGUGGUCUCUGGAACUUGUUUCUACCCCUGGAGACUGAUCCUGAGGCUAAAUAUGGAGCUGGGCUGAAAAAUCUGGAAUAUGCUUUUUUCUGUGAGGUUAUGGGGAGAUCUCUGUUUGCACCAGAGAUUUUUAACAGUUCUGCACCAGAUACAGGGAAUAUGGAGAUGCUGGUGAAAUAUGGAACAGAAGCACAGAAUCAGCAAUGGCUUCUGCCAUUAUUGGAGGGGAAAAUCCGGUCGUGCUUUGCUAUGACUGAACCGCAGGUUGCCUCUUCCGAUGCCACAAACAUUGAAGCCUCAAUUGUUGAGGAGGGCAACUUCUAUAUUCUCAAUGGCCACAAGUGGUGGACAUCGGGUGCGAUGGACCCUCGCUGUAAACUCUGUGUAUUUAUGGGGAAGACUGAUCCACAAGCUAGUAAACACAAACAGCAGUCCAUGGUCCUGGUUUCAAUGGAUACUCCAGGGAUUAAAGUUAUCCGACCCUUAUCUGUUUAUGGAAUGGAAGAUCCUCCAGGUGGUCAUAGUGAACUUAUAUUUGAAAAUGUACGAGUGCCAAAAGAGAACAUUCUUCUGGGGCCCGGCCGAGGCUUUGAAAUCGCCCAAGGUAGACUGGGACCAGGAAGAAUACAUCACUGUAUGCGACUCAUCGGCAAUGCUGAUCGGGCGUUGGAACUGAUGAAGGAGAGGGUAAAGACAAGAGUGGCUUUUGGAAAGUCAUUAGCUGAUCAGGGCACGAUCAAGGCUGACAUUGCCAACUCCCUGGUUGAGAUUGAGCAAGCACGGUUGCUGGUGCUCAAAGCUGCCCAUCUGAUGGAUACUGUGGGAAACAAGGAAGCAGCUUCUGCGAUCUCAAUGAUUAAAUUGGUGACACCAAGCAUGGCGUUGCGUGUUAUUGACCGUGCCAUCCAGGCAUUUGGAGCAGCUGGCCUCAGUGAAGACUACCCUUUAGCUCAGUUUUUUGGAAUGGCACGCUCGUUGCGACUUGCUGAUGGUCCAGAUGAGGUUCAUAGGAAUUUUGUUGCCAAGCUUGAAUUGAAACAAAUAGGCUCCACAAAGAACAGCUGAUUACUGGGGAUGAACAGAACAAUUGCUUGUGUGUUUUUUAAGCCUAUACAUUUCUUAAAUAAAAUUACAAUCAUGUCUGUGAAAUACUUUGGAUUAUCAA